GACUGCCAUUUCCUGGAAGGCACAUCCUGUACUUUAUUGGGGAGCCAAUGGAGUAGCUUACCAUUUAAGGUCUCGGUUCAUCCUUCGGCACCUUCAUUUCUCAAAAUUCCAAGCAAACACACCAGCACCUGCCUCGUUUUACCAAAAUUCUAAUGGCUUCUUCUUCUUCUUCGAAACGUAAAAGAAAUUACGAUGUUUUCUUGAGUUUUAGAGGCAUCGAUGUUCGCAACAACUUUCUUAGUCAUCUCUACACGGCUCUAGACCAGAGUGGUUUCUUCACUUAUAUUGAUAGCGAGGAAUUGAGAAAAGGAGAGCAAAUAUCGCCGGCGCUUAUGAAGGCAAUUGAGGAAUCGUGAGUUGUGAUCAUCGUUUUCUCUGAGAACUAUGCAUCCUCAUCGUGGUGUUUAGAGGAGGUGGCAAAAAUCAUGGAGUGCAAGGCACAAAAGGAUUUGGUUGUGUUGCCGGUGUUUUACAAAGUGGAACCAAGAGAAGUGAGAGGGGGGAGAGAGAGUUAUCGGAGAGCUAUGGUUGAGCAUGAGUCCAAGUUCGGGAAGGAUUCAGAGAAAGUGGAGAGAUGGAAGACGGCUCUGCUUGACGCCGGUAGGUUGUCCGGAUGGGACUUGAAUAAUGGAGAUGAGGCGGAGGUUAUAAAGAGAAUCGUGAAGGAGAUCUCCAGGCAACUAGACCGAACACCCCUGCAAGUUGCUAAGCAUCCAGUUGGGAUACAUGCCCGAGUGUUAAAGCUAGAAUCAAUGUUAAAUCUUGAGUCUGAUGAUGAUGUUCUCAUGAUAGGAUUAUGGGGACCGGGAGGCAUUGGAAAAACAACUUUAGCUAAAGCCAUUUAUAAUGUUAUUUUUAGACAAUUUAAGGGUUCUUGUUUUUUAGCAAAUGUUUGAGCAGCUUCAAAAGAUUCCAAGAAUUUUGUUCCUUUGCAAAAAAAAUUGUUGUUCGAAAUAUUACAGAAAAAAGGAUUAUCAGUGUUUAGUGUUGAUGGAGGCAUUAAUUUAAUACAAGAUAGACUCUGCCACAAAAAAGUCCUCCUUGUUCUCGACGAUGUCAAUGACAUAAAACAAUUAAAUGCUUUAGCUGGAGAGUGUAAAUGGUUUGGUAAAGGUAGCAGGAUCAUCAUUACUACAAGAGAUAACCAUGUGCUAACUUCCCAUGGGAUAGAUAAAGAUCACAUCUAUGAGGUAAAAAGUCUAGAGGAUUGUGAAGCUCUUGAACUUUUCAAUAAGCAUGCUUUUCUGAGAAGCAACAAAAUGGUAAUACGGGGGGAUCUCGUGGAUAGUGCUUUGCAUUAUGCUAAUGGAUUUCCUCUAGCACUUGAGGUAUUGGGCACUUUCCUAUGUGGCAGAACAGAAUGUGAGAGGGAAAGUGCAUUGAAUAAGCUUGCCAAAAGUCCUGAUAAAACCAUCAAUGAUGUUCUUAAGAUAAGUUAUGAUGGACUAGAGGACUAUGCAAAGGAGAUCUUCCUUGAUAUUGCCUGUUUUUUCAAGGGGCGACAUACAAAGUAUAUUAUGAAAGUUCUUGACUCUUGUGACUUUGACACAACUAUUGGAGUACAAGUUCUUGUUGAGAAGUCAUUGAUAAUCGAAGAGAAUGGCACCCUACAUAUGCAUGACUUGAUUCAGCUAAUGGGCAUGGAUAUUGUUAAGCAAGAAUGUCGUGAUGAUCCGGGAAGGCGUAGUAGGUUGUGGCUUUUUGAUGAUGUUCAAGAUGUUCUAUCAAGGGAUAGGGUAACAAAUGCAGUAAAAGCCAUAGUUUUGGAUUUAGCUGAGCCAGAAGAGAUAUACAUGGGUCCUAAUGCUUUCGCAAACAUGAGAAGGUUGAGGGUGCUCAUCAUGAAUAAUGUGCAUAACUCUUUCCAAGGCCUUAUCUGUCUUCCUAAUGAACUAAGAUGGUUCGAAUGGCCUGAAUGUCCUCCUUGGAUUCCAGAAUUUUCCUCUGGUCCAAAGAAGUUAGUUGGACUUGAUCUACACAAAAGCAACAUCCAAAUAGUGAAGGAGCAAUUUAAGGAUUUUAAAAAAUUGAAGUUCAUUUAUUUUAGUGAAUGCCAGUCAUUGGUUUGUAUGCCAGACCUCUAUUGUACUCCAAAUCUUGAGGUAUUGGAUCUCCAUGGAUGCAAAAACUUGAAGCAUGGCCAUGAAUCAGUUGCAUAUCACGGCAAGUUACAGCUUUUGAAUUUAAGUGGGUGCUCAGAACUUCGUCACUUGUCUGAUGUGCUUCAAGCCAAGAAUCUCCAAUUCCUCUAUCUUCAUGAUUGCUCGAAAUUGCAAACAUUCCCUGAUAUUCUGGUUGAAAUCAAAGGUAUUCGAGAACUUGAUAUGGUAGGGACUUCAAUCAAAGAACUUCCGGCAUCCAUAAAAAAUCUUGUCUCUGUGGAGGAAAUGAAUUUAAUGGAUAACAAGGAACUGGCAGUCCUUCUGUCUAGCAUCUAUAGUUUGCAAAAUCUUAAAACUCUGACGCUUGCAGGCUGCUCAAAACUAGUCAAGUUUCCAAAUAAGGAGGAUUCGAGUGAUCCCCCUAUGAAGACGGGAUUUCCUGAGCUAUGGUGGUUAGACCUUUGUUACUGCAAUUUAUCAGAAGUAAACUUCUUGGAGAAUCAGUCAAGUUUUCCUUCCUUAAGAAAAUUGCUUUUGUCAGGAAACAAUUUUACUAAUCUUCCUACAUGUGGACAACUAUAUAAGUUGCUCAGUUUGGAUUUUUCGCAUGCCCAACCACUAAAAGAGAUUUUCAAGUUUCCUGAGAAUUUGCGUCACGUAUUUCACCUUGACGCUGCUGACUUAUCUUCAUGUCAUGAACUGGUCCCUAGUGGGUUCACCAUGAAUGAUUUGUUCAAGCCUGAGCAUCUUCAUCCCAUAACUGGUCGCCAAGAUCUUCUUCUACCAGAAAGAGAAACACCAGAGUCGUUGCUUCCUGAUAAAGAGGUUUCCAUAUCUUUUAUGGCUUCAAAGGACUUGUAUAAGAAGUUCCUAGUAUUAGUUUUCUGUGUUUUAUUUGAAGUAGAACAAGGAAAGAAUGAGGCCAGCAUUGAGCUUUCAGCAUAUGUAAAUGGCGAAAGGACGAGGCAAAUAUUUUCGAAGCCUUUCAGUUCAUUGGAUCGGGACCAUGUGUGGUUUGACUAUUUUAAAUCAGAGUGGCUGUGGGGACAGGAUGCUUUUGGUCCAAAUGACUGGAGCCACUUCCAAAUUAUUAUCAGAGCAUCUACAGAACAAUUUGAUGGUGGAAUUUUGAAAAAGUUUGGAUUUCAACUAAUAUGCAAGCCACUAGAGGAUGAGUUGGAGGUUUUGCUUCAAGACAAUGAGUUGCUAGAUCCAUCUUUUCUCUAUGAGGUUUGGCAUUAUGACAGUCAAACAAGCACAAAGGAAGAAGGUUCUAGUGAAAUAAAAGAUAUGCUAGAUAGUUAAACUAGCACGAACAAAAUAUAGUUCAGGUAAUUUGUCCGCAAAGGUCAAACAUGGCUGACUUCUCA